CGAACUGCGCAGGCGUACGGAAUGUUCUGCUGUUUUUCUCGCGAGAAGUGAAAACGUCAGUAUGGCGGUGCUCCUUGAAACAACGCUGGGGGAUAUUGUAAUUGAUUUGUUCACCGAGGAAAGACCUAAAACCUCCCUAAAUUUCCUGAAAUUAUGCAAAAUAAAAUACUACAAUUACUGCCUCAUCCACAAUGUGCAGAGGGACUUCAUCGUGCAGACUGGAGAUCCUACUGGAAAUGGCCGUGGAGGAGAAUCUGUCUUCUGCAAACUGUACGGAGACCAGGCGCGCUUCUUUGACGCGGAGAAAGCACCGCGCAUCAAGCACAGGAAGAAGGGGACGGUUUCCAUGGUGAACAACGGAAAUGACCAGCACGGCUCUCAGUUUCUCAUCACAACCGGGGAGAACCUGGAUUACCUGGAUGGAGUCCACACCGUGUUCGGAGAAGUCACAGAAGGGCUGGACGUCCUGACCAAGAUCAACGAGGUUUUUGUUGACAAGGAUUUUGUCCCGUUUCAGGACAUCAGGAUAAACCACACUGUGGUGCUGGACGAUCCGUUCGACGAUCCUGCCGAUCUGCCGAUUCCCGAUCGAUCGCCUGAGCCCACCAAGGAGCAGCUGGAUAGCGGUCGUAUCGGAGCGGACGAAGCGAUCGACGAUACGGAUGGGAAAGGAGCCGAGGAGCUGGAGGAGAGGCUGAGGGAGAAGGAAGCCAAGACUCAGGCCAUCCUGCUGGAGAUGGUUGGGGACCUCCCGGACGCAGACGUGAAGCCUCCUGAGAACGUUUUGUUUGUGUGCAAACUCAACCCAGUCACCACAGACGAGGACCUGGAGAUCAUCUUUUCACGCUUUGGCUCCAUAAAAAGUUGUGAGAUCAUCAGGGACUUUAAAAGUGGAGAUUCCCUCUGCUACGCUUUCAUUGAGUUUGAGAAGCAAGAAGACUGUGAGAAGGCUUACUUCAAAAUGGACAACGUGCUGAUUGAUGACAGACGGAUCCAUGUGGACUUCAGCCAGUCGGUUGCAAAGAUCAAAUGGAAAGGGAAAGGUGGGAAAUACACUAAAGAUGACUUCAAGGCUUACGAGAAGGACUUGGAGAGCCGUUCCAAGCUGACUCUGAAGGAUCAAGUGAAGCCCAAACAAGACUCCAAGUAUGACCUGCUAAUCGAGGACGAGGAGGAGGCGACGAGCCAUCGGUUCCCUGAGAAGAAACACAAGAAGCACCAUCAUCAUUCAGAUGACGAGGACAACAGGAAAUCCAAAAAGCACAAGGACAACGAGGAGAGCAGACGCGACCGAAAGUCUGUCCGCCAGCGCUCGGGCUCUCGCUCGCGCUCCAGAGACAGAGAGCACAAACACGGCAAGUCCCGGCUCAAACACGGGAAGGAGAGCCGGGACAAAGGUCACAGAGAGCACAGCCGCAGCCGCAGCCGCUCGCCCAGGAAGUCCAAGGAUAAAGACAGGAGCAGGUUCAGAUGAGGGAACCGGCUGGUAUUAUUUUAACUCUGACCUUUGUUUAAAAAUCUACUAGGAGCAAAAAUUACAUCAAUUGUACAAUUUCUAGAUAAACAGUGCAUAGAAAGACUCACUAUGACGCGGAAAUUGUCUUAUCACUUCUACUUUUUUUUGUUGUUAUGUUGUAACCAUGACAGACUUCCUCAUCGCCGUGUUGUUUACUUCUUCUGCAUCUUCCUCUUGUGACCACCGCAUUUAGGACAAAGGCUGCACAUGGUCCCACCUGCUGCUGCCUGCUGUGGGGGCGGGUUGUAUUUUAGAAAUGUCUGUAUGGAAAGUUGGUGGGCGGGUUCCCUCCGCCCCCACGCUGCUGAGGGAAACCACUGGUGUCUCCCUCCACCCACCUGUCAGAACUCAUGCGUCUGUCUGCAGGGUCACGCUGAAUCUCAGAGCUGCGCUUCUUGGAAGUUUGACAAAUUUCCAGUUACAAAGAUUGAACUUUAGCAAAUGAAUCUGAAAUCAGCUGAAAAUUGACAUUUUAAAUUUGAUGCCAAGGAUAAUAAAAUAUUUUUCUAACCAG